UUUUACAUAAACAUGUCUCACCCACUAUGACUUAGUGGUAAUCAAGAGGAAACAGUCUCAAAGAUCUAUACUUUCUUUUACAUGUGUAAAACUAUACAUACACACACACACACACACACACACAUAUAUAUAUAUGAAAAUUAAUGGCUUUAAAAAAAUAUACGUUUGUUGAUUAGUCAUACUAAUUAAUGAAAUAGUAAUCAUUAUUAUAGUGCCGUUUUGUCAACCGGCCCUCGUUGCCACCAAUGUUUCUAAAUUGCAUCUCCGCAUUCAUAAGAAUCAAACCAGUCUCAACUGGUUUAGCUUAGAGAUCAAAAUGAUGAAACAUUCCAUUGUAUUUUAUGUUCUCCUCUUUCUUCAUGUCUUUGGCUCAUUUGCGCAACACCAGGUUUAUAUAGUAUAUGUUGGAGAACAUAGUGGGGAGAAAACGUUACAUGAAAUUGAAGAAGCCCAUCACUCGUAUCUUCUCUCGGUAAAGAAUUCUAAGGAAGAAGCAAAAGCUGCUCUUAUUUACAGUUACAAGAACAUCAUUAAUGGCUUCUCAGCAUUGCUCACCCCAGAUGAAGCUGCCAAGUUAUCAGAGAAGGAAGAAGUGAUCUCAGUGUUUCGAAGCCAUCCAAGAAGAUACAGUCUUCAAACCACAAGAUCAUGGGAUUUUGUAAACUCACUUGAAGCAACAGCAGAUUCAUUGAACUAUACAAAUAAAUUCGGAGAGUUACUACAUAAGGCAAAUUAUGGAAAAGAUGUCAUUGUUGGGCUCUUGGAUAGUGGGGUAUGGCCAGAGUCCCAAAGUUUCAGCGAUGAAGGGAUGGAACUCAUUCCAAAUUCAUGGAAAGGAAUCUGCCAACAUGGAGUUGCCUUUAACCAAUCUCAUUGCAACAGAAAAUUAAUAGGUGCUAGAUACUAUUUAAAGGGUUAUGAAGCAUACUAUGGUCGUCUCAACGGUACAGAGGACUAUAGGUCACCCCGUGACAAGAAUGGCCAUGGAAGCCACACGGCCUCCACUGUUGGAGGCCGACAAGUUCCUAACGUUUCAGUCUUUAAUGGAUUAGCCAAUGGCACAGCCUCCGGUGGUGCCCCACUUGUGCGUCUUGCCAUCUACAAAGUGUGUUGGCCGAUCCCAGGGGAGCCUAAAGUGAAUGGUAACACCUGUUUUGGUGAAGACAUGAUUGCAGCCUUUGAUGAUGCCAUUGCCGAUGGUGUUGAUGUGCUCAGCAUCUCCAUCGUGCCAUUCGAUCUUACUCCAUACACAGAAGAUGCGAUUGCAAUUGGGGCAUUUCAUGCCUUGAAACAAAACAUAGUAGUGGCAUGUAGUGCUGGCAAUGCUGGCCCUGCCCCAUCAACUGUCAAAAAUGUGGCACCAUGGAUCAUCACUGUUGGCGCAAGUAGCAUAGACCGAGUCUUUAGCUCGCCUGUUGUGUUAGGAAAUGGCAUAAAAAUUGAGGGACAGACAAUAACCCCAUAUAAGUUGAACAAUAUGUACCCACUAGUCUAUGCAGGAAAUGCAGAACUUCCUGGCGCAAUCAAGAAUCAAACAAUGGGACUAUGCCUUCCUGGUAGCCUCUCACCGGAUUUAGUGAAAGGAAAGGUUGUUUUUUGCUUGAGUGGAUUCACAGCAAACACUGAAAAGGGUUUGGAGGUGAAAAGAGCUGGGGGUGUUGGUAUGAUCCUCGAGAACCCUAAGAAUGGCAUUGGAAUAUCAGUUGAUGCUCAUCUACUCCCUGGAACAGCAAUAUUUUCCAAUGAUUCAGCUACGAUUCUCAAUUACAUAAACACGGAUAAGAAUCCAAUCGCAACAAUAAUCCCAGCGCAAACAGUUCUGAACUCGAAACCUGCACCAUUCAUGGCAGCCUUUUCCUCAAUCGGUCCAAAUGGCCUUGAUCCUAAUGUUGUCAAGCCCGACAUUACUGCUCCGGGAUUAGAUAUCUUGGCAGCAUGGAGUGAGGAAUCCUCUCCCACAUAUUUAGCUGAUGAUCAUCGAGUAGUCAAGUACAACAUUCUCUCUGGCACUUCCAUGUCCUGCCCUCAUGUGGCUGCUGCAGCUGCACUUGUCAAAGCCAUACACCCCGAUUGGAGCGGCUCUGCUAUAAAAUCCGCUCUAGUGACCACUGCUGGGGUAAACAAUAACAUGGGGACCCAGAUGACAGAUGCAUUAGGAAAUCCCGCGACUCCAUUCCACUAUGGAGCUGGCCAUUUCCAACCAACAAAAGCAGCUGAUCCUGGUCUUGUGUACGACGCCACUUACAUUGACUACCUUCCCUUCCUUUGCAAUAGUAGUGGUGUCAAUAAAUUUGAUCCAUCAUUUCAGUGUCCAGAGCAAUUGCCUUCAUCAAGCAAUCUAAACUAUCCUUCUCUUGCAAUUGCCGGACUCAAUGGCACGAUGACUGUGAACAGGACUGUCACAAAUGUCGGUGGCAAUGGAGGUGUGUACACCUUGACAAUCGAAAAACCAGUUGGAUAUAUGGUAGAGAUCUCUCCAACAAUUUUACAAUUUAACCAUUUGGGGGAGAAGAAGAAGUUCACCAUUACAGUCAAAGAAGAAAGUGGGAUGAAUAAAACAGGUGAAUAUGCAUUUGGUUGGUAUGUGUGGAGUGAUGGGAUUCAUAUAGUAAAAAGUCCCAUUGCAGUGUCCUCAGCAUAGCUUCUAGCUUUUCUUUAUCUUUCUUAUUUCUUCUGUUAUUUUCAAUUUUUUUCCCCAAGGAAUAUAUAUAAAUAGAAAUAUUUUCAAUUCUUUUUUAUUGGUGUUAAUUUUCUUCAUGUUAUGGAGAUUCAAGUCUUUUUUUUUUUUUUCAAUCAUCCCAAUUUUAUUAUUGUUCAUCUUAGCUCAUAAUGGUUUAGGAUCACCUUCAUUUGUAUAUUAAAACUAAUGGCCCAAACAAGCCGUGUAAAACAUUGGGCAAUUACAAAGGACCCUAGAGAGGCCCAAAAACUACUGAGAACCCAUAAAAGGAAAAUAUAUUUAACUGAAGCCCAAGCCCAAUAUAUACACACACACACACACAUAUAUAUAUAUAUAAACUGAAAUUAUGUUCAAUCACCUUCCAAAAAAAAAAAGAAGAAAGAAAUUAUGUUCAAUCUUAUGGGGGUUUAUCUUUGAAAAAACUACUCAAUUGGCUCAAGAGUCAAGACACCACUUUUGUACGCAGGCGUACCACCUUUAGUACGUCUUUAAAGGGUUAUAAGAAUAAUUUGGUCAUUGUCUUUAGAUGACCAAUAUGAAUAUUCAUAUAAUUUUAAAUAUUUAAUUUUAUUUGACAAUUUUUUUUUCAAGUAGAAUAUUUUUAUUUUUUUAUUUUUUGAUAAAAAUUUAGGUCAAAGUUAAGAUCUAAUUCAUCUGGUAUAAUAUAUAAAAUAACUUGUUAAAAAUUGAUAAAUAAUUUUUUUUUGAUUAAAUUUUAAU